AUGGCGACAGUUCUCCCAUUUUCCGGAAGUAACACGGACAAGCAGGUGUUGUCCCGGUAUUUGGACAUCCCCCAGCCUGAUAGGACAGUCCAGGUGGAGUACGUUUGGAUCGAUGGGACGGGGGUCGGCAUCAGGAGCAAGUGCAAAACCAUGGACUUCGAACCCCAAAGCCCGAAAGAUUGUCCGGUAUGGAACUUUGACGGAUCAAGCACGGGUCAGUCAGAGGGAUCAAACUCAGACAUGUACCUGCAUCCUGUGGCCCUUUUCCCUGACCCCUUCAGGAUGGGAAAUAACAAACUGUGUCUCUGUGAUGUGUACAAAUACAACGAUCUGCCGGCUGAGACGAACCACCGUCACACCUGUCUUGCUGCCAUGGAGAUGGUCAAGUCUUCCAGACCAUGGUUCGGAAUAGAACAGGAAUACAUCCUCUUGGACAGUGAUGGACAUCCAUACGGCUGGCCGAAGAAUGGUUUCCCAGGACCCCAGGGGCCUUACUACUGUGGAGUUGGGGCCAACAAGGUGUACGGAAGGGAUAUCGUUGAGGCACAUUACCGCGCAUGUCUUUACGCAGGAAUUAAAAUAGCUGGUUGUAACGCCGAGGUGAUGCCUGGACAGUGGGAAUACCAGGUGGGACCUUGUGAAGGAAUGGAGAUGGGGGACCACCUAUGGAUUGCUCGUUACAUCAUGGACCGGGUCGCUGAAGACUUUGGAGUCAUUGUGACCCUUGACCCUAAACCUAUCACUGGGAACUGGAAUGGUUCCGGGGCACAUUGUAACUACAGUACAAUAGCUAUGAGGGAAAAGGACGGACUACGACAUAUAGAAGAAGCGAUCCCAAAACUGGAAAAAAGACACAAGACACAUAUCAAAGGAUACGAUCCUACGGAUGGUGCCGACAAUGCCCGAAGAUUAACCGGACUGCACGAAACGGCUCAUAUAGAUGCGUUUUCGGCAGGUGUCGCCAAUAGAGGGGCCAGUAUCCGGAUACCCCGCCAGGUGGCAGCCGAUAACCAGGGAUACCUGGAAGAUCGACGACCAUCUUCAAACUGUGAUCCCUACCGAGUAACUGAACUUCUAGUCAGAACUACCAUUCUAGACGAGACAGAUUGA